AUGCAGUCCACUUCGCACGAGCUCCAAGACCUCAGAGGGUCAUCUCUGGAUCAUCGUCAAUCGCUUCUUCCCAAAAGUGAAGAUCUAAACUCAGAAUCACACCGUGUGGCUGCCAAUCCAACCGUUGGUCACGAGACCACACCCUACAAACCGCCAUCAGGAUGGAGCGCGAUUCCAUGGAAGCUCGAAAUCCUUUGCUGGAUCGGUAGUCUCUGCUUCUUCAUUGCGAUUAUUGUCGUACUGAGAGUACUCAAUGGCCGUCCGCUUCCAGAUUUGCAGUUUGGCAUCCAACCCAGUGCAAUUCUCGGCUUAUUAGCCACCUUUGGACAGGCCCUCUUGAUAGCACCAGUCAGCUCUGCACUUGGGCAGAUCAAAUGGCUACAAGCACUUGAGGAACGGCCAAUGAACAACUUCGAGACUCUCGAUAAAGCCAGUCGUGGGUCAUUCGGAAGUACACUUCUUAUUGCGGGUCGAAAGUCAGGGUUCGUCGCAUCCUUUGGAGCUCUUCUCACAAUCGUUGCCCUAGGCAUCAGCACCUUUACUCAACAGUCUUUGAAGUAUGAUAUAAUUUAUCCGUACACCAAAAACGCUUCUAUGCCGAUAGCACAGUUCAUGAACGGGACUGGCAAUGCACCAAUAGGGAAUGGUCAAAUAGAACCGGGAGUUGAUGCCGAAGUGCUGAAUGCCCCCUAUCUUGCCUUUUAUAACUCUCCAGGCACCGAUUUCACUGCAGCGGCAAGUUGUGGGAGUAAUAAUUGUACAUGGGAUUUGUAUCAGACACUGGGUCUUCGCAGUACAUGCCAAGACUUGUCUUCCAGUCUGAAUAUGACCGAAGUAUACAUGGCACCUUACGACGUCCCUCUUACCUACAACACCGACUACUACACUCUUAAAAACGGGUUUGGUUUGACAGGAGCCCAACCAGGGGAGCAAAGUGACCAAGUAUCUUACUUGAUAAACAGCGCGUUGAUGAAUGUAACAACAAGCUGGAGCGCCGCGAUUGGCACAUCAUACUUCACUUGGGAACCUAUAGCCUUUCCUAAUAAUGGAUCGACUUUAAUGAGUGUAUUUGUGGUUGGUCCGUCACCCGGCACGGUACCAAUUCAGCCCGAUCUGAACUUCACCAAACCCAUGAGUGGCUCGCUCUUUGCUCCGCCUGUUGCUUAUGAGUGCCUUCUACAAUUUUGCGUUCGCAAUAUGCAAGGCAAAGUCAUGAACGGGACAAUACAAGAGACCGAGCUUUCUACGUGGACCAACGAAACUGCACCGGAAAACGAUCGAACCUACACAUAUGCAAAUCUAGAACUUCAUCCGCCUGACUCGUCGAUGACCUUUGUCGCGACAGCUUUCGCAAUCGAAGGGUUACGUGAGUAUUUAAGUAGUCUUCUGGUAGGCAACGCGACCAUUUCCGUGGCCACAGACUCAUCUGAAAAUUGGGAACUCGAUCAAUAUCAGUACUCUUCCUCGAGCCUGAUGCGACAAUUGUACAGCGCAAUGAAUMCCUCCGCCACAGGAUUCCCAAAUAUGAUGGACAAUCUAGCCAACAGCAUAUCCCUCAGCCUCCGCUCAAUAGACUACCAGCCUUCUCCCGUGGUCGGAAAAGCGUUUACAGCUACCAGCCACGCCGUCGUGACAUGGGAGUGGCUCAUCCUCCCAUUCUUUGAACUCGCGGGCAGCCUCGUUUUUCUGAUAAUCGUCAUGAUCCAAACUAGACAAAGAGGUCUGUCCGUUCCCUGGACAAAUAGUACAUUGGCAUAUUUCUUCCAUGGCCUUGAUGAGAGACCUGCCCGUGGGGUCGUAUCUCAAAGCGAGGAGAAGCUGGCGGAAGAGUUGCAAGUGAAGUUGGAGCGGGAUUUGGAUGGGGGGCAUUUGGUUAUUGUCAAGUGA